AUGCUUCGCUCAUCGCUCUUCAAGACUCUGCGCACGGCGUCUGCCACCCGCGCCUUCACCACAUCAGCCCCGGCUCGCCAGUUCACUCUGCAGCUCAGCGAGGACCAGGUGGCGAUCCAGGACCUCGCCCGCAACUUUGCGCGCGACGUCAUCAUCCCGGCAGCCCCGCACCACGACAAGACCGGCGACGAGUACGGCGGCCUGGGCCUGGGAGUGUUUGACGCAGCGCUAGGUGGCAUCCAGACGGCCAUCGAGGCCAACGGACUUGCCGAGGCACCGGUGAUUCUGGCCGGCAACGACGCGCAGAAGAAAAAGUACCUGGGGCGGAUGACUGAGGAGCCGCUGAUGGCCGGGUACUGCGUGACGGAGCCGGGAGCCGGAUCGGAUGCGGUCAAGAAGGGCGACAAGUGGAUCGUCAAUGGCCAGAAGAUGCCUUCACGGGCUUUAUUCGUCGACGCCAACACACCCGGAAUCACCGUCGGCCGCAAGGAGUGGAACAUGGGGCAGCGCGCAUCCGACACCCGCGGCAUUACCUUCGAGGACGUCGAGAUCCCCGACGAGAACGUGCUGGGCACGCCCGGCCAGGGCUUCAAGAUCGCCAUGGGCGCCUUCGACAUUACGCGGCCGUUGGUGGCCUCGGCGGCAGUGGGUGUUGCCCAGCGCGCCAUGGACGAGGCUAGCAAGUACGCGCUCGAGCGCAAGACCAUGGGCAAGCCCAUCAUUGCCCACCAGGCUGUUGCCUUUAUGCUGGCCGACAUGGCUAUCAACACUGAAGCCUCGCGCAUGAUGGUGUGGAAGGCCGCGUGGCUGCGCGACCAGAACCAGCGCAACAGCUACUAUGCGUCCAUUGCCAAGGCCCUGGCGUCCGAGACCGCAAACAAGUGCGCCCAGGAUGCGGUCCAGAUCUUCGGCGGCAACGGCUUCAACACCGAGUACCCGGUCGAGAAGCUGUACCGGGAUGCCAAGAUCUUCAUGAUCUAUGAGGGCACGUCGCAGAUCCAGCGCCUGGUUAUCUCGCGGGCAGUUGCUGAUGCGGCCAAGGAGCUUUGA